AUGAGUGAGCUUGUAAAUGCUGCAAGAACAUUAGGUGAAACAGGAAAUUUUGUUGAUGGUUUUAAAAGACUUGUUUCAAAUGUUUUAACAAACACAAAGAAAUUAUUUAGAUAUACUGUACAUAACAGACGGAUUUUUGAACAGAUAGCAACAAACCCUCCGGUUAUGGCUGCGUUGAUGAUGGUUAGAGAUAUAAAACCACGUAACGACGGGAACGAAGAACAUGAACAACAGGAUACUGAUCGGGUUAUUCGAGACAUUAAAAACGUGUAUCCUGAAGUUAUUGAUUUAUUUAGAGGAGUUAAUGAUUCAAUUUCAAAACAUUCUAUAGCCCUCGAUGAAGAGAAUAAAUUAACAGAUUAUAUAUUCGUCAUUAUUGCAGAAUUAAUGAAGAGAAUAAAUGAAAAAGGAAUUGGUGAUAUCAUUAAUGUCAGCGAUGUAAUGAUGAAAAGAAAUUUUGACUCAUUAUUUACAAAACCGAAAACAGAAUAUAGUCUUUAUGACGUAAUUACUGAAUUAAUAAAAAAGAUUAAUGAUAAUAAGAGUUCUGGCGGAAGAGUUGAAUUAGAAGUGAAUGAUGUUAAUGAGAAAUUAGCCGAAAAAGCAGACAAAAAUGAGCUUCUAGCUCUGAGUGAUAAAGUCAAGAACCAUGUUCAUUAUAUAACUUCAGACGAACAGAUUAUAACGGACUACCAUGGAUAUUUAACACGAAGUGAUGAAGCGAAGACAAAAAAUGUUAAUGAAAGAAGAUAUAAAUACAUUCGUGCUAAAGGUUAUGACAUAAGCUGUACUGUACAGUAUGAUGUAGCUAAAGCACAAGAAGCAUUUGGUUAUAACGAUGAAAUAUAUGCCUCUACUUUCUCUGUUAAAGGUGUAUUAGUUGAACCAAGAUUUACUUUGAGAGUUAAGGCAAAAAUAACUGUUGAAGAUGCUAUUAAAAGUAAAGCUGACAAAGUUGAACUCGAAGCAAUGAACAAAGUUUUGAAAUCUCAUAAACACAACAUCUCCGAUAUAAAUGAACUUCAAGCUACAUUAGACAGUAAAGCUGACAAAGAACAUACACAUGAAUCCUUCACUACUGUUAGAGCAGACGACAUAAUAUUGAACUAUACCCUCGGUUCAAGUGCACCUUUAGAGAAUCCAAGUACAAGCGUAAAAGAUACACUAAACAAUUUAGAUAACAGAUGUAUGAACAUUGAAGGUCAUGUCAGAAACUUUGAAGCAUACACACUACCAACAAUGUUAAACAAGAAAGCCAACAAGAACCAUACACAUGAAGAAUUUCAAACAAUCAAGAUUAAAGAAAUUAAGGCAUGCAUCGAAAUAGUAACAAAAACGGGAAGAAACGGUGCAACUGUACAUGAACAAAGAAUUUAUCCUCCUACUUUUCCUAAUGGUUUAAUAACAAACAAUAUAAAUAUUGUAGAUGGCAAAGGAUUUAUAAAUGUUAAACAUGAGCUUCAAACAAUGAAGGCUCAGAUUCUUCAAACCAUAUAUCCUAUAGGCUCUAUUUAUACGUCAAUGAAUUCAACAAAUCCAGCAACAGUUUUAGGUUUUGGUACGUGGCAGCAGAUUGUAGACAAAUUCUUAUACUGUGCUAACUCUUCAAAGCAAACAGGAGGUUCGAAGAAAAUUAAAGAAGCAAACUUACCUGCGCACACUCAUACAGGAACUACAAACACAACAGGUAAUCAUUCACAUUCAAUAACAAAAAGAGGUUAUACAAAUCUUGCAGCAGGUUCGGAUAGACAGGGAAUGCAUAGAUAUGAUAUUUCAAGUGACCCAGUAGAUUCAAGCGCAGGUAUUUUCUGUGGAACCGCAGGAAAUCAUUCACACACUUUCACAACAAAUCCAACAGGCUCGGGUGCAGAUUAUAUGCCACCAUUUGUGACUGUAUUCGCAUGGUACCGCGUUCAAUGA